ACCUCCUUAAUGGCUUAGUUAUCUCUGAGGGACAGAGACAGUGAAGAUGCUGACUAUUUCUACUCUCUGCCUGUCAUAGAAAAACACCACAUUAAUAUAAUUAUCAUUCUUUCCUCUUCCCAGCGAAACUCAUAAUUAUUUAUUCAGUUUUCAAUGCCCCAACCUACAGUUUCUAUUUUGGCUUUCUUCUCAGGAGCAACUAUAAAAGCAAACCCAAAAUGUUGGGUCUCUCUGAAACGCAUGAAACCACUGAAAAGGAGAGAACUGGAUACUUCACCUGCAAACAAUUCUUAGCUUCCUCAGAUCCAUUUCCCUUCCAUGGGCAUGCCUCCCAAACCAAAUGGUUCUCCUCUCCUUAGCUUUCUUGUGGUCACAUUCCCGUUGGUCGUACAACUUCCAUUGCCCAUCUGUGAUCUCUCCUCCUUCGAAAGAUAAGUUUCUCUGGUUCGAAAAAAAAUGAACUUUCCGGGAUGGGUGUUUGCUAUUUCAAUCAUACUUUGCCUCCUAGCAUCUGGGUCGUCUUCCAUAGAGAACUUCCGACAAGCGUUUCCUAUUGUGGAGCCUGAUCCUGGUCAUACAAAACUUCGUCUUGCAAGAGAAGGCUUGGAGGCAAUAGAAAGAUUAACAACUCCAAUUGCAGCUGUUGCAGUUAUUGGUCCAUACCGCUCUGGCAAAUCUUUUCUACUGAAUCAGCUUCUCUCUCUUUCAUGUUAUGAAGGAUUUGGUGUAGGUCACAUGCGUGAUACCAAAACAAAAGGGAUAUGGGUAUGGGGAACGCCAUUAGAAUUAGUUAUAGAUGGGGUUAAAACAUCUGUGCUUUACCUUGACACAGAAGGAUUUGAAAGCAUUGGGAAGUCAAAUGUAUAUGAUGAUAGGAUCUUUGCUUUGGCAAAUGUUAUGAGUUCUGUGCUAAUCUACAACCUACCAGAGACGAUCCGUGAAGCUGAUAUAUCUAGGUUGUCAUUUGCUGUUGAACUUGCUGAAGAAUUCUACGGAAGAGUGAAGGGGCAAGAUGUUGCAUUUGAGCCUGCCAAGUUGUUGUGGCUAAUUCAGCGGGACUUCUUACAAGGGAAAAGUGUACAGCAGAUGGUAGAUGAAGCUCUUCGGCGGGUUCCUAACUAUGAUGGCAACAGAAAUAUUGAUCAGGUUAAUCAGAUUCGAGAAUCACUGGCCAUUAUGGGUGAUAACAGCACAGCCUUCAGCUUACCUCAGCCUCAUCUUCAGCGAACCAAGCUUUGUGACAUGACGGAUGCUGAUCUUGACCCUAGUUAUGUUAAGAAGAGGGAGCAGUUGAAAGAACUUGUUGUUUCUGUUAUUCGUCCAAAAAUUGUGCAGGGUAAACCUCUAAAUGGAAAGGAGUUUGUAUCUUUUCUGGAGCAGAUUCUUGAAGCCUUGAACAAAGGAGAGAUCCCUUCCACAGGUUCUCUUGUUGAGGUUUUUAAUAAGGGAAUUCUUGAGCAAUGCUUGAAGCUAUACAAUCACAGGAUGGGUGAGGUAGGGUUACCACAAUCGGAGCAAUCUCUGCAACAAGCCCACCAUGCAGCAAGAGAAGAAGCCAUGAAGGUCUUCGACAAGCAGCAUUUCGGUCACCAUCAUGCUAAGAAAUCAGUUGCUAAAUUGGACAACGAAAUAGAAGAGGCAUACCAGAAUUUUAUCUUGGCAAACAAAUAUCAGUCUUCAAAGCUGUGUGAGGCAAUGUAUACCAAGUGUGAGGACAAAAUGGACCAGCUUCAAGUCCUCAGGCUUCCUUCCAUGGCAAAAUUUAAUGCAGGUUUCCUGCAAUGCAAUCAAAGCUUUGAGGCAGAGUGUAUAGGGCCUUCAAAAAUGAGCUAUGAGCAACGAAUGAUGAAGAUGUUGGGGAAAUCCCGGUCGCUAUUUAUUAAAGAAUACAACCACAGACUUUUCAAUUGGCUGGUAGCCUUCUCUCUUUUAAUGGUGGUGGUCGGCCGGUUUGUUAUCAAGUUUAUCUUGCUUGAGAUUGGAGCUUGGAUAUUGUUUAUUUUCUUGGAGACAUACACAAGGAUGUUCUGGUCAGCGGAGGCACUUUAUUACAACCCUGUAUGGCAUUUUAUUGUGUCUACUUGGGAGACAUUAGUUUAUAGCCCUAUUAUUGAUCUGGAUAGAUGGGCCAUUCCCAUUGGUGUGGUGCUGAUAAUAUUGGUUUUUUACUGGCGGUGUUAUGGGAGGAAACUUGGGGCCCGAUGGCUGUUGCCCCUAUACAACAACCAGAAAGGCGGCUCAAAUCAUCGGAGAUCUGAGUAAAAAACAAAUUCUAUGGGGAUCUAUUUAAGGUUAGACCAUAGUGUAGUAAUAUCCUUUCACCAUUCAUCUCCUUGGGCAAGCCCAUAUCUUUUUUGUGCAUGGAGGUCGCCUGGGGUUUGGUGUUUCUGAUCAAAUCCUUUUAACGUCAAUGGUGAAAAGAGGUUGAAGGAUGAGCUGAUGAAUGGAGAGAGCCUAAUCGUGUCUGUAACUGUUGUAUCUAAUACUGCUUUAAGCUUUCUAACUGCUGUUGUGAAUUUAUUUAAUUAAAAUUGUUCCGGGCCUUCUCUUUGUUCAUUCAAUUUGAUAUGUGGCAAGUGGCUACAGUUGGUGUUUGUGUUGUA